UUUUUUGUAUUAGUGAAUACAAUAUAUGUAGAGGAGCAAAAGAGACAGAAGAAAAGGGUCAUCAAGACUAUUUUCGAGGAGGGAGGAAUUAUCAAACUCCAGCUGGGAGUUUCUCGCGAAUUCAUAGGGAAGUGCAUGACAAUUUUGUCGUCGGCUGUCAUUCAAGAUUUUCAAGUUUGUUAAACAAUAGUAUACAGUUCGUUGCAUCGGCUUAACAAUGGCGAUGGGCAAAAGUUUUCGCGUCUACGAGAAAAUAAAGCAGAAACAAGCAAGCCCACAUUCCCUUCUACUGGAACAUCGAAAUUACAAGGAAACUGUCCUCUUUGAAUCACAGGCUGUUGCUGUACUUUCUGCUUAUGAGACUGAAACCCUAAAACCAAAUUAUACGAAACUCCUCGACGCUUAUGGAUGUCUAGGUGUUUUGCAAUUAAAUGCAGGCGAUAAUACAUUAUUGUAUCUUGUUCUCGUUACCGGAUGUUUCUCAGUGGGGAAAAUUGGAGAAUCCGAAGUUUUCAGAAUCACACAGACAAAUGUCGUGCCAUUAUUUUAUGUACAGACAAACGAGGACAGAGUAUCAGAAGUGAGAAAAGUGCUAAAUUCGGGCACAUUUUAUUUCUCUUGGUCCUCAGGACAACAGGAUGUGUUCGAUAUCACUCUCAGUGCUCAAAGGCGAUAUAAAUCAUCGACCACUGAUAAUAGGUUUUUCUGGAAUCGAAUGCUUCACAUACAUUUACUACGAUUUGGAGUAAAUACAAUUCAGUGGCUGUUAAAAGUCAUGUGCGGCAGUGUGGAAAUUAGAACCGUUUACGUAGGACACAGACAGGCUCGAGCUGUUGUCAUAUCGAGAUUAAGUUGCGAACGAGCGGGAACAAGAUUCAACGUUCGAGGAACAAAUGACGAUGGGCAUGUGGCGAAUUUUGUCGAGACUGAGCAAGCGAUUUUCCUGGACAAUGAAGUCGCUUCAUACAUUCAAACCCGAGGUUCGGUUCCACUAUUUUGGGAGCAACCGGGCAUUCAAGUUGGUUCGCACAAGGUGAAAAUUUCCCGUGGAUUUGAAGCUUCGGCACCGGCAUUCGAUAGACAUUUGGCAAUGAUAAAACAACGUUACGGACAUCAAGUGAUUGUUAAUCUCCUCGGUUCGAGUUUAAUUGGCAGUAAAGAAGGCGAAGCAAUGCUCAGCCAAUUAUUUCAAACCCAUCACAGUAUGUCACGACACAAGAAUGUUCCCCACAUACUAUUUGACUAUCAUCAGGAAUGCCGUGGUGGAAAUAAUAAAAAUCUCUCCAAACUAAAAGCCAAAAUUGAAAAAUAUCUCGAAUCAUUCUCUCUGUUUUAUGCUGUCGGCGGUAAUCGAAUUAACGAACAAAAAGGUACAAUACGCACCAAUUGUCUCGAUUGUCUCGAUAGGACAAAUUGUGUGCAGACAUUUAUCGCGCUGGAAAUGCUCUCAAAGCAACUUAGUUUAUUGAAUAUUUUCGAGAAACAGCAAAUGGUUUCUAGAUUCGAGGAAGUCUUUCGUCAAAUGUGGAUUAAUAAUGGUAAUGAGGUUAGUAAAAUUUACGCUGGAACGGGAGCAAUACAGGGAAGUUCGAAAUUAAUGGACGGAGCGAGAUCUGCUGCGAGGACGAUACAAAAUAAUCUUUUGGAUUCGAGUAAACAGGAGGCGAUUGAUAUUCUUCUGUUGGGAUCGACACUUAGCACUGAAUUGGCCGAUAGAGCGAGAUUGCUUCUCCCGUCGAAUAUGCUUCAUGCACCUCCUAGUGUACUCAGGGAAAUGUGCAAGAGAUAUAAUGAAUACGUCGACACAAUGAGACUUAGGGUUUGCGUCGGAACUUACAAUGUCAAUGGAGGAAAGCAUUUUCGAAGCGUUGUUUAUAAGGAUUUAUCCCUGGCCGAUUGGCUUCUAGAUGCGCCUCUAAAUUCCACAGCUCUUGUUGACACGGAGUACGACAAUAUCCCAGCGGAUCUUUACGUAAUAGGUUUCGAGGAAAUUGUCGAUUUGAAUGCAAGUAAUAUAAUGGCAGCUAGUACGGAAAAUGCAAAAGCUUGGGCUGAUGAAUUGCAAAAAGUUUUGUCACGAGACAGCGAAUAUAUUCUAAUAACUUAUCAGCAAUUAGUUGGAGUGUGUCUCUAUUUUUUUAUAAAACCAAAACAUGCACCAUUUUUGAGGGAUGUGGCUGUCGAUAGUGUGAAGACUGGUCUAGGUGGUGCAACUGGUAAUAAGGGUGCUGCUGCUAUUAGAUGCGUUUUAUAUUCUACCUCUUUUUGUUUUGUGUGCGCUCACUUUGCUGCUGGUCAGUCACAAGUUAGCGAGCGUAAUGCCGAUUAUGCGGAAAUCACUAGGAAAAUUGCAUUCCCAAUGGGAAGAACACUAAAUACUCACGAUUAUGUAUUUUGGUGUGGUGAUUUUAAUUAUCGUGUCGAUAUGGAUAAGGAUGAAAUGAAGGAAAUGAUCAAGAGGCACGAGUAUGAUCAAAUUUUACAGAAUGAUCAAUUGAGGGUACAACAGGAGGGUGGGAAUGUAUUUAAAAAUUUCAUGGAAGGUUCUAUAAAUUUCGCACCCACUUAUAAGUACGAUUUGUUUUCGGACGAUUAUGACACGAGUGAAAAGUGUCGUCAGCCCGCUUGGACCGAUCGAAUUUUGUGGAAACGUCGCAAACAAGUACCUGAUUUAGAUUCUCCACUGAAUUGGAAUCCGGGACAAUUGGUAUUUUACGGGAGAGCCGAGUUGAAGCAAAGUGAUCAUAAGCCAGUAAUUUCUGUUAUUGAUAUCGAUGUUCAUUGUGUGGAUCCUGAGAAGCGGGAGGAAGUUUUUAAGCAAGUUAUUCUUGACCUGGGCCCACCGGAUGGGACAAUUAUUGUCAAGGCAGAAGAGGAGAGCGACGACACUGAUAAUGUGUUUGACGAAACUUUCAUUGACGCUCUUGUUCGUGAAUUAUCACCAAUUGGAGAUGUGAUUCUUCUGAGGUUUGUCGGUGAAACCAUUUGGGUGACAUUCAGAGAUGGACAAUGUGCACUCGCUGCUGCUCGCGAGGCAAGAAUGACAGUUUGCGAUCUACCACUAAAACUCAGUCUCAAAUCGCCCGAUUGGGUGAAACUUAUCGAGAAGGAAAUCGAAAUUUGCAGCAAUACCAAUAUUUCUCCAUUUGAUGGCAAUUCACCAGUGAGUCCCAUUGAGGGUAUCGAGCAGUUGAAAAUUUCCGAGAGAAACAAUUCCGGGAAAACGAGUCCCAGUGGACCACCUCCGAGGCCUGCGCCUCCUGGUCGUCCUCAACCUCCCAGGAGUCCGAUGCAAGAACGUCGAGCAGGACCACGAGCGGGAGUUUUCAGUGUAAUGCCAAAUCAACCUCCAGUUCCAUUGACGAGAAAUAAUGUUGAGCCGAAGCCAAGCGAGGUGGAGAGAUUGUCACCGGAAUCGGCAAUUUAUGAGGAAAUUCUGGAUGAAGGUCCCAGUUACCCUAUACCAAAUAGACCUCCACCACCACUACCUCGUCCAGAUAACUAUCAGGACUCGUCGAGUAGACCGCCAAGCUCUAUUCCGCCACCCUUACCGCAACGACAAGCACCAUUACCUCCUCCACAGCAUCCUCCGCCAAGUUUGCCACCGAAUAAUCCACCUCCAAUUCCGGCGAGAACUACAGGAGGUCCUCCAAUUCCAGCCAGAAAUCCUCAUUAGAGUAAGAAAUCUCUAGCCAGUCUUAUAGGUAAAACUAUAUUUUUUAAGUAACUUAUAAAUCAACAAGAUGUAAUUGUAAGCUAUUAAUUAUUAAUUAUUAAUUAAUUAGAAAAUUAUUGAGCGACACGAACAAUUUUUCUCCGUCCGUCUCUAAUUUAUAAUUAAUUUUUUAUGAACAAUUUUUAUUUUCUAGAUCAAUUUUUCGAUCUAUAGACAGAGUGGCCACAUGUCAGUAAAGUCAGUAAAGUCAGGGAAAUGUCAGUAAAACCAAAUUUUAAUUUGUUUUUAAAAAAUCGCUUUUUAUUUCAAUUUUUAUAGAUAUUCAUACUGUUC